UUGCAAUUCGUCACUCGUUUCUACCCCACUCUCUAGGGUUUAGCAAAAACCAGUUCUUCAACAGAAGAAAAAUAAUGGCGACUAAAGCCCUUGUUAGAACCGGAGCGUCGCUGAUGAACCGGCUGAUAGCGAAUCCGCUUCUCAACAAGACGCCGAUUUCCAACCACCGAAUUGCGAAUCAAGGCUUCCAAAUCACUCCUCAGCUCUUCCCGUCUCUCUUGAAGCCACAACCCUCUCUCCAUUUGCCUCAAAACGAUGCCGAUUCCCUCUCUAAAGUCUACUCUUUAGGGUUUCUCUAUCCGACUGGCCUCCCUUCUCUCCGCUUCUUCCUGCCGGACGUGGAUUCAGCAAGCGAGCCAAUGCUCUUAUUCCCCAAAAGAACAUAUCAACCUAGUCACAUCAGGCGCAAAAGGACUCAUGGAUAUUUUGCUCGCAAGGCAACAAAGGGUGGCCGACGAGUCAUUGCUCGAAGAAUAGCAAAGGGUCGUUCGAGAAUUACUGCUUAGCAUCUCUUUUACUGAUAAACGACGAAAUGCCCACGAUUUCUGGCCAAAUCUUAGUAGCCAUCUGGAUCAUAGUUUUCUUGCGGUACGGUGGGAAGUGGUACUAAAUACUGUGUUCAAUUACAGCCAGAUAUGAGAUAUCAGCUAGAUAAGGCUGUACUCCAUUUGGUAAAUCUUUUCCCAAGUUUGCAAGUUAAGUGUACAAAGUUGGUGGCCUUAUGACCUCUUGCGUCGAACAGUUCUCCGGUCCAUACGAAGGGAACUCUUGAGUUAUUUCCUCAAUAAAUAAAGCAGGAACUAGCAUCAACUGUGAACUUCUAUAGUGUUAAUUACCAAGACACAUUCUUCCUCAGUUGUCCAACCCGAAGCAAAGCAUACCCCGAUGGCUGAUAGUGAUUGCCCUUGAAGGCGGCCUCCAGGCGGUAGUACUAGUGGGGAGACGAAGGCCCAUUUACUCGUACAGAUUACAUUGCAGUUAUCUGUUUCCAUCACAAGAGGCAAGCAAAGCAAAGGCUGCUUAAUUUUUAUUCUUUUAUUUGCUUGAGGCUGUAGUCUUCGAGCAUAGCAAGUUGACAUGGAUCAUGAUCUAAUAGUAGUGGUUUACUGUUAAAGGUCAUUAGCAUUAGGGUGUAGUGAAAGGGCAUAUCUUCUGGGCCCCAACCAGCCCGAUUUCCGGAUAACUAGCCACUGUCAAGUGUCAAACAUUGAUGAUAUGCCGUAUCAGUCGGGAAGUUGGCCCGAGCUUGUUUUGUCCUCAUUUGUUUUACCUUGUUCAGUCUGCAGCCAUUUGCUUUAUAAAAUUGAAAAUC